AGACCAUUGUACUAAUGGGAAUUAAAGAGAACAGUUUUGCUAUAAUUGAGAACAGGAAGAGCGUUGGAUGAGUUUUUAAUAGUUCCCUUUUAAUUACUUUAAUUAACUGAUCUGCUGAAUGUUUCCUCUGGUAGACUUUGUUGUAGCUAAUGUUUAAUAUGAAAUUUUAAUUUUGCUGUAAUUUCAGUUCAGGUGUUCUCUUGACACUCCCUUACAUGCAGCGUUCAAAGUUAGUAUUCAGAUUCAAAAAGCAUGCAGAAACGACCAAAGAAAGCGGCAAAGAAAGCAACGUAGAAAGAAACCUGCCGGAACGUUCUGAUAACGUGUUCAUUAUGUGAGUUCAGCACGCAGAAAAGUAUAAAAGUUUUGGUUUAGCUUUCCAUGAAAGUGAAAUGACAUUAGCAUUUAGCAUGUGCUCUGACAGAACAGUUUUUCCAUAGGAUCUGGUGUCAGCUUUUUUCCAAGAGAGUAUAAUUACUGACCACGCAGAGAGAGAGCAGCAGAGUGGCUGUUUAUUUAUUGAUGCUAAGCCUGAGGUUGUGGCUAUGCACAUAAAAAGAGGUUAAGUGACCCAGAACACAGAGCUGCCGGUGAAAGACAGCAUGCAGUCCUCUGUCUCCCCCACGUCUGUCCCUCUGUCUGCCUGACAAGGCCGCUGACACGUUUAUAUCUCUGUCUCUUCACUCUCCCUCUGUGGCUGCACACCUGAGGUGCAGCAGAUUGAGUUUCACUGACCUCCUGCCUGCUCCUCCACAAACUCCCUUCCUUCCAGCCAGCCGGCAUUGCUCUCCUCAUCGCAUCACAUCUCAUCUCUCUGUCGUCUCCCUCCCCUUCUGCAGCCUAUUUUGUGAACCAGACAGGAGUGUGGCUGAUCGGGUUUCUGUGUGCCUCCCCUCCCGGUGGCCUGGAGUCCGGCAGGGGUCAGGUUGCUCUGAGCCAGCUCCAUUCAGUCCAGGUUACAGGUGUUAAAAUGUCUCAAACCUACCUGGCCGCUCACUAAUUUCUCUUCCUGGCAGUAUUUCAUAUUUUAGGUCAUUUUAAAGCAUAUUUCUUUUCAUGCUGGAGUCAGCCCAGCUAAGCUACAGGUGCACUCACAGACUGUCUGGUCUUUUCAUAAUGGGUUUCAACCUGUGGCCACAUGAGCUCCACUGCAGCACCUGACGAUACAACUGCAGCUGAAGAGCCCCAUUGAGAGUAAUUAUCUGUCAUUUCCUUCUUUGUGUGCUGCCUGCCUGUGUUUCAUGUCUGUUGCAGUGAUUCCUUCUCUUAUUAUUUAUCAAACGCCAGUUUUGUUUUCCCAAGACUCAUCAUUGUCUCAACCCCCUUACUUUGUCUUUAUCAAACAAUAUGCAUAUUCAUAAGACAGAUCCAGGACCAAAUUUUGUCUCUGUGUCUCUGUCCUCUGAGUGAAAUCAAUGAAACCUCACUGAUCUUAAAUCCACGUGUAAAUGGUCUUCCGCGUUCCCUCCUACAUCUUUCUUUGCUGACAGAUUUAAUUAAUAUUUUAGAGAGAGGAUCUUGUAAUCCUAACGAGGACACGAGCCUCACAUUGAGGUGCCAAAAACAAAUCUGAGCUCCUUCUCCUGCUCUUCACCUAAAACAUGAAGUCGCUGCGCAUGUUGCGGGGCCAGAAAGCGCUCAAAGCUAUUUCAGAGGUCCUGCAGGUUUCUCAACCCUCCCGCCAUUCAAGCUCCUGUGCAGCGCGCAUCUCAUUUCCGAACCCCCCUGCUUAGUUUUCCUGAAACUGGACGCCGGGCGCUGAUUAAUAAAACAUCCAGUGCGUGCUGCACCGGAGCCCUUUCAGCUGUAUAAGUGGUGAAAGGCGACAUAAUCUGCCCACAGCAAGAUCUGGACUGAGAUUGAGGCACACACACAGCAGAGAGAGGGACCUUCAAAACCUCCGGAGCAGCAUGUUAAAGCCCCAGAAGCACGGUGAGCUUCUCCUGCGCGACUCCCCGCCGGUGUUCGGGAAGCCGUGGUACUGGCAGCGCAGCAGCGGCACCAUGGAGAGCACCCGCAGCCUGGCGCAGGUCAUCAUGGAGAUGCGGGAUGAGAUCCAGAAGCUGGAGGCGGAGAACCGAGAACUGAGGGGAGACUACGGGGCCGUGUCAGGGCAAGGCAGCCCGGUGUCCCCAGGAGCAGAGCGGCAGGCUGGAACGGAGGAAAACCCCUAUGUGAACCUGAGGCGAAAUGUGUCUGCGCCAGUCCUGGAGGGGCAGUACAAAGAGAACGCUAUCAUGACUGUCCGAAGGUACUCCAUCAGCUCCAACAUGUCUGGGGUGAGCGUGAGAGAGCGAGGAACUGACAGGGCUCAGAGGAAUGACUCCAGAUGGGGAAGACUGCAUGAACGAAUCCAGCAUGAACGAAUCCAGCACGGGAACAACAUCUUUGGCAACUCAGCCAGAGGGGAAGCGGAGAAAGUUACCAACAGGCACUCCCUGCAGGAAUAUGUACACCAAAACAGAGCCAAGGUUAAAACUGUCACAUUCCUUCUACCUGUGGAUGACAUUUACACCAACCGGCCGGUUCUCACCAAGCACCGGGAGGAGCCUAAAGUCACGGAGACGGCUGCCAUGGCUGAGACAGAUUCUUGAGAGCAGAAGCUGAACUUUCUGGCUGUGGCCAUGAGUCGAAAUGCAGACGUGAACUGAGCCUUUGUGGCCUCCAAACAGGUCAGCCUCUUCAUUUAGGUCAGUGUAGAACGGGCUCUUACUGAGUGGGCCAGCAGGCUGAUUUUAUCACACCUGACCACACAAACAGAAGACUCUGGUUACAGGUGUGGUUUUCAUCCGGGCCAUGGCGAUCCAGGCCCGGUUAAAAGUGACAAGACACGGGACCCCUCUGCGACGUGGAUCAGAUGUCUGGACUCCUCUCUCAAACCAAGGGUGUCGUCUUUGGAGUGAGACAAACGCCUGCGGGUGACGGCUCUUUUACGGACAGUUGUGGUCGCUGACUCAGGCCUCGUGAGCAACACACUCAUUAUUUAUUCAUCUUUGUUCCUUUUCACCGUGUAAACUUAAAUGGGUUGUCAAGGAGCCCACGUGUGUGUUCAGACAUGUGACCCGUUUCUUGAAAGUGGUCCUUAAAGAGUGUGUGUGUGUGUGUGUUUUAAUGCUACUCACACUCUCUAGUGUCUGCCAUCAUGUAUGGAAGCCUUCUUGUAAAUACACCAGUGUUUGUUUUGGCAUGCUAAUAUGAGAAUUAAAGUCAGGCGCUGUAAGCUACUACCUGUAGUCUAUGAGCUGUUAUUUUUAAAUUACACUACAUUAAAGGCGUUUGUUUA